CAGUAUGCAAGGUGAGUUUGCCUUGCCAAUUGUUGCAACAUCCCUUCUGGAGCAUCUCAUUGAGCAUCCGAUGGAGUUACCCCACCUCCACAGAGCUCUCCCUCUCUCCCUCUCUGCUUCUCUCUCUCUCUCACUGUGGAGGAGAGCAAGUGGGCACACUUUGGGUCGAGCGCGGCGCCUCACACCAAGCAGUGGUGCUGCAGCCUCCACACAUUGGCCAGUGCCAUGUCCAACAUCUGUGCAGGCGAAGGCUUAGCGCUCAUCCACAGGGAAGCUUGCAUUUUUCUUUGAGGAGGAAAGCAAGAGAAGCAGAGAGCGAGAGUAGGGGGGUUCAAACUGAAAGGACCCCCCACUCUUUGCCUUACUCAAAAGAGCAAACACGGAAGGCUUUGGAGUAUUCCAUUUUUUCUUUCGUUUUAUAUUUUUCCUCUUCCUCAUUGCGCUGCUGGGAGGUGCUUCAUCUUUUCACAUCCUCUCGCUGUCUGUUAUCUGCCUCCUCAUCUAUUUCUCCAUCUACCUGGUGUACAAUUCUCGCUGUUUAUGACUGACCAAAGUCAUCGCCAUUGUUUCCUUUCCUCCGUGACGCUCUCUCGUCAUUACAUCUCUGUCUGUGUAUCUCAUCUUUUACCAAUUUGGAUCAAUUUUCCUACAAACCCCCCCCCCAAAACAAUCAACUCCAUGAAUGACUCCCCCCCCGCUUUUUUUCUUCUCUUUUGGUCCCAUUUACUUUGCACCACACUCUUGCGGGAUUCUUAGAUGUUACUCUAGACCGAGGAAGACGAGAGCGAACGUUGGCUAGCAGAAACUGAAGUCAACGGGCGGUAAAAAGUCCACGAGGAAAAGAAGAGGAGAAUAUAUGAAUACAUACGGUACCCUGCUUCUUAUCUCCACGGCAACCGUGUUUCGCUCACACUUCUGCGAGGAGACCUGGCCGAGCUGUCACCAGCGUUGGAGCGAGCGAGAGGAGAAAAAAAAAAAUGCCAAUGAAGCAACAUCGCUUCAUGAUGUUCCGUCACCCUCGGCCCACGUCUUUCGCAAAUUACCGCUGAUGUUCAGCAAGUUGAAAUUCCCACCAGCUUGGGUUGUUUGACUUUAUUUCUGUCAUCAUUGCAAAGCUUUACACCAUUCAGAACUGAAUUACAUUUGCCAAAGCACAGCCACCCGUGACUUCACACCUGGCACCCACCCGAAUUCCUUGGCGCUGCUCAGCGCUGCUCAAACAGAGAUCCGCUCUCGACCCCGGAGAGCACCCGCGCCCCCUCGGGCUUCCCGUGCGCGACUUCCUGUGCCCACCGACCCUUCAUCCGAGGCUAUGAGAGGAGGAGUCGAAUCCCAGCUCACUCCAUCAUGCCAGUUGUGAAGAGCCGAGAGGAGAUCCGGGCUGGCGAUGUUCAAGGGACGGCAUUUACACUCCUCCGCAAUGCUUGUCAGCCUCCCCCCGUCUCCCUCCUGCCCUCCGGUCACGCACCUUCUCUCCUCCUCGUCCUCCUACCCCCGUCGUCCUCCCGCCGCGCCCCUAAAACAGACGUCGCGCCACCCGAAUGCUCGGCCACGGCUGCUCCCACUCUUGCUCGUCUUCUUUCUGCUCCUGCGGCCCGUCUGCGGGGCUCGGGGCAGGGGGGGCGGUCCAGGUUCGGGACCGGUAGGUGGCCCAGGAGGGCAGGGUGGCCCGAGGGGAGGCAGCACCCAGCGCGGCGUCGUCAUCCCCCCUCAGUACUCCCCCGGGCCACAGGCUCUUCCCCCAAUCAACCCCAAACUCAUCAGCUCCCUCAGCAUCGCCGUCAUCUUGGUAGGGAACUCUAGUGAAGUGGCCCUGGGAGCGGGACUCGAGAAAGAGGACUUCCUGCACAUCCCCUACCCCCCGAAGGUGGAGGUGGUCACCAUGAACGAGACCGAUCCAAAGAGCAUCAUCAAUCGGAUCUGUACGCAGAUGUCGAGGAACUCCCUGCAGGGCGUCGUUUUUGGCGACGCCACGGACCAGGAGGCCAUCGCUCAGAUCCUGGACUUCAUCUCGGCCCAGACUCACAUCCCCAUUCUGGGCAUCCGCGGAGGCUCUUCCAUGGUCAUGGCGGCCAAGGACGACAACUCCAUGUUUUUCCAGUUCGGGCCAUCGAUCGAGCAGCAGGCCUCGGUCAUGUUGAAUAUCAUGGAGGAGUAUGACUGGUACAUCUUCUCCAUCGUCACCACAUACUACCCGGGCUACCAGGACUUUGUCAAUAAGGUCCGCAGCACCAUCGACAAUAGCUUUGUGGGCUGGGAGCUGGAGGAAGUCCUACUGCUGGACAUGUCAGUGGACGACGGCGACUCCAAAAUCCAGAACCAGCUGAAGAAACUGCAGAGUCCGGUCAUCCUGCUCUACUGCACCAAGGAGGAGGCCAGCACCAUCUUCGAGGUGGCUCAUUCUGUGGGGCUCACCGGUUACGGCUUCACGUGGAUCGUUCCCUCGUUGGUGGCCGGAGACGCAGACCACGUGCCCGCUGUUUUCCCGACGGGGCUGAUCUCGGUGUCGUACGACGAGUGGGAUUACAACAUUGAGGCCAGGGUGCGUGACGCAGUAGCCGUCAUUGCCACGGCGACCUCCACCAUGAUCCUGGAUCGGGGGCCUCACACCCUGAUGAAAUCCAGCUGCUUCGGAACACCUGACAAGAAGAACACCAACACUGGCCACUCCAAGGAAAUACUCAGGUACAUCAUGAAUGUGACGUUUGAAGGGCGUAACCUGUCAUUCAGCGAAGAGGGCCACCAGAUUUUCCCCAAACUGGUCAUCAUCCUGCUGGACAAGGACAGACAGUGGGACAGGGUGGGCAAGUGGGAGAAUGGCUCUCUGUCCAUGAAGUACCACGUGUGGCCUCGCUUCGAGCUGUACUCGGCGGCGGAGGAGCACGAGGACCACCUGUCCAUCGUCACGCUGGAGGAGGCGCCUUUUGUCAUCGUGGAGGACGUGGACCCGCUGAGCGGCACCUGCAUGAGGAACACCGUGCCUUGUCGGAAACAACUCAAACUCAGCAACCAGACGGGCGAUUCGGGCAUCUACAUCAAGCGCUGCUGCAAAGGUUUUUGCAUCGACAUUCUGAAGAAGAUCGCCAAGGCGGUCAAGUUCACCUACGACCUCUACCUGGUCACUAACGGUAAACACGGCAAGAAGGUGAACGGGACGUGGAAUGGCAUGGUUGGAGAGGUGGUGCUUAAGAACGCUCACAUGGCGGUGGGCUCGCUCACAAUCAACGAGGAGAGGUCAGAGGUCAUCGACUUUUCCGUGCCGUUCAUCGAGACGGGAAUUAGCGUGAUGGUUUCCCGUAGCAACGGCACCGUGUCACCUUCUGCCUUCUUAGAGCCCUUCAGUGCUGACGUGUGGGUGAUGAUGUUUGUGAUGCUGCUGAUCGUGUCUGCCGUGGCCGUGUUUGUGUUCGAGUACGUCAGCCCGGUGGGUUACAAUCGCUGCCUGGCAGACGGCAGAGAGCCCGGCGGUCCCUCCUUCACCAUCGGAAAAGCCAUCUGGCUGCUUUGGGGUCUGGUGUUCAACAACUCCGUUCCGGUGCAGAAUCCCAAAGGUACCACCAGUAAGAUCAUGGUGUCAGUGUGGGCCUUUUUCGCCGUCAUCUUCCUGGCUUCCUACACUGCCAACCUGGCAGCCUUCAUGAUCCAGGAGGAGUAUGUGGACCAGGUGUCGGGACUGUCAGACAAAAAGUUCCAGAAGCCUAACGAGUUCUCGCCGCCGUUCCGCUUUGGCACCGUGCCCAACGGGAGCACAGAGCGCAACAUCCGCAACAACUACCGGGACAUGCACAGCUACAUGACCAGCUUCCACCAGAAAAACGUGGACGAGGCCCUGUACAGUCUCAAGAACGGCAAACUGGACGCCUUCAUCUACGACGCGGCAGUGCUCAACUACAUGGCGGGACGGGAUGAGGGCUGCAAGCUGGUCACUAUUGGCAGCGGCAAGGUGUUUGCCUCCACUGGUUACGGCAUCGCCAUCCAGAAAGACUCGGGCUGGAAACGAGCUGUGGACCUUGCCAUCCUCAUGCUCUUUGGGGACGGUGACAUGGAGGAGUUUGAGGCUUUGUGGCUGACAGGUAUCUGCCACAAUGAGAAGAACGAGGUUAUGAGCAGUCAGCUGGAUGUGGACAACAUGGCGGGGGUCUUCUACAUGCUCGGGGCUGCCAUGAUUCUGUCACUUAUCACCUUCAUCUGUGAACAUUUGUUCUACUGGCAGCUGCGCUUCUGCUUCAUGGGCGUGUGUUCCGGAAAGCCCGGGGUCACCUUCUCUAUUAGCAGGGGUAUCUACAGCUGCAUACACGGAGUACAAAUUGAGGAAAACAAAUCCACCCUAGACUCACCUUCAUCCACCAUCAAGAAGAACAUGAACAACACCCACUCGAACAUCUUGCGGCUGCUCCGCACUGCCAAAGACAUGACUGCAGUGCCGGGCAUUAAUGGCUCGCCACACGCGGCCCUGGAAUACAACCACGGCGGCCGCGAUUCAGCCAUCUAUGACAUUCAGGAGCACCGGCGCAGCCUCGUAGGGCACCCUGCAGACUGCAAGUCAGCACCGCCUUACAUCCAAGAGGACAACAUGUUCACGGACUACAUCGGCGAGGUGGAGAGGACUUUUGGGAACUUGCCCCUGAAGGACAACAACUUGUACCAGGACCAUUACCGGCACCACCACCCAGUCUCGGCUUUGGGUAUGUCCGGCCCCCCGCCUAAUAGGCCGCGUAGCUUAGGCAGUGCUAGCUCAUUGGAAGGGGGCAUGUUCGAUUGCGAAAGUUUAGGGGGAGGAGUAGCACCCAUCUUCACCACUCAGCCCCGCCCCUCCAUGACUCACAGGAAUACCAAUAAGUUUGACCUGAUUGCGGGUCACCCCCCCGCGGAUUCCAACCAAGUCGGCUUCAAGGGAAGCAAUGUGUACGGGAGGUUUUCGUUCAAAGGAGGCGCAUCCAGCACAGGGCUCAUCGGGGAUCAUGAGAGGUACUGCGGGGGAGGCGGAGGCGGGGGAGGCUCAGGAGGGGACGACGGAAACGUUCGCUCCGACGUGUCGGAUAUCUCCACUCACACCGUCACCUACGGCAACCUGGAGGGCAACGCCAAGCGGCAUAAGCAGUACAGGGACAGCCUGAAAAAGAGGCCAGCCUCUGCCAAGUGCAGACGGGAGCAGGACGAGAUAGAGCUGAGCGGCUUCAGGAGGAGACCCCACCACCACACCGUCCACCACCACUUCCCUCACGGGCACCUGGCACACCGCACCAUCUCACCUCCCCUGGAGCGGAAGCGAGGAGGGGGUAACGCUUCACCUUACUUAUUCCGCAAAGACAAAGAGAACUUGAGGGAGUUCUAUGCGGACCAAUUCCGCUCUAAGGAGGGCAAGUGGGAGCAAGAGGGUGGAAGUGGAGGAAGUGGCGUGGGCGUCGGUAGCGGUGGUGGUAUCUGUAAGAGCUUAGUUCCUGUCGAAGACUUUCUUAAAGGAAAAAUCAAGAAGCAGGAGUCCAAAGGUGGGCUGGGCUCGGUGUCGGCAGGUCAGCAGGCCCACACCUGCUGGGAAAAGGGCGUUUCCGGACUGGGAGGAGGCGGCAUCGCCGGAGGUGACUGGGAGUGUCGUAACUGCCACAGUGUGUGUCACCACGGUGGAGGCGUAGGGGGCUCGUGCCCAGCUAGUGGAAUUGGGGGGAGCGGUAUUCGCCCCAGCUCCGCCAGCUGCAAGCGCUGCGACUCGUGUAAGAUUCAGCCGAGCAAUCUGUACAACAUCAGCGAGGAUAACAACGUUGUGUUUGCUGCGGGGAAGAGUAACAUGGGAGCAGGCCACACGCCGACUCAGAGCAGGAAGCUAGGGCCAGGUGGGCGGGUCUUACGGAGGCAGCAUUCUUAUGACACAUUUGUAGACCUGCAGAGGGAGGGUUCAGGUCGCAUGGGAGUGGGCGGCGGGGGCCAGUUUGCCCAGCCCCGAAGCGUGAGCCUUAAAGACAAAGACCGCUACAUGGAGGGCCCCAGCCCUUAUGCUCAGAUGUUUGAGAGGUACGCAGGAGAAAGAGAUGCUUCGAUGUUUGCAGGAAUAGGUGGAGACAGGGCUAAAGGGGGCUCCUCCUUUAGUUUGUUUCGCGGAGGCGAAGGUGGGUUGCAUCGGCGCUCUGUGGGCGAGAGAGACCUGAGAGACAGGGACAGGGCUAUGAGGGGAGGUGGGAGCGGUGGUGGUGAUGGUGGUGGUGGUGGUGGCAGAGACGCCGGGACUUACUCCUUGUCUAAAUCUCUCUACCCAGAUAAGGUGAACCAGAACCCCUUCGUCCCAACCUUCGGCGAUGACCAGUGUCUUUUACACGGUGCCAAACCAUACUACGUCAAAAAGCCGCAGACGCAGCAGCUACUCAACAACAGCCGAGGAGGAGGGGACUUCCGGGGAUCCACGAGCGCGGCUUCUUAUUUGCCUGCGUCGGCCACAGCCGGGGUGAUGUCCAAUGUAGCCCCCAGGUUCCCCAAAGAUCUGUGUCUGGGCGGGGUGGGCGGUCCCAUGGGCAACCACCUCGGGGCCAACAAGCUCAUGCCCGGGGGCCGCGACACGUUGGGUUUGGGGCAAAGACCCUUCCACGGUGCCAGCAACGGACACGUCUACGAAAAGCUCUCCAGCAUAGAGUCGGACGUCUGAGGGGAGAAGAGAAGUGGCAAAGGGGCUGAAGAUUGAUGGGAAAUCCCCCCCAAAAAUCUACACAGUGCAACGUCCUCUUUGUGAGUAGAGAAGGUGAAGACGCGAGUGGGUUUCGUCUUCACGCCACUAAACGCAACAAUCUGAAACUUGCACAGCAGCAGCUCAAAGCUAAAGUGCGGACGGCAAGUUGUAAACGACAACUCGAGAGGAUUGUGGUGCUGGGAAGGAGGUAGGGCUAGACAGACGGAGGAGGGGGGUGUGCCCUGCUCGCUUUAGAAGCUCCUUGUUCCAAAACACCAAUUUUCGUUCACAACGGUAUUACAAUCAUGAAUGAGAAAUCAACACUGCUGAAGUAACAGGGUAAAUUAACAAUAAUUGUACCAAUAGUGUUAAUAUUAUUACUGAAUAUUACUCAAGUGUUUCAAGAUGAUUGGUUUGUUUUCCAAUUUUAUUUCUUCAAGUAGUGUUCGUAUGAUGUUGAUUGUUUCUUAGCUUACCAACUUCACAGGAGACUUGUGGACCACUUUGAAUAUUUUGGGGGCUCCUGUCAUUUUGGAUUCUUCUUUGCAAUGAAUUAUUUCUUCAUAUUUGAUUGAUUGGUUGAUUUAUUUACUUUUUCAAGAUUUAUGACUAUUGUGACGUGUAUGUGACCAAAAGGCAUGACGUGCUGAGUACAAUGUACUUAUUGGUUUACAUUUUUCAAAGGUCUUUUUUUCCGCUGUUAGAAGCCGACAUCAUCAUAUUGAUUUGCCCUUCCUUUUUGGCUUUUUUUUUUUUUUUUUUCUGCUCAGCAGCACCAAAAGGGUCUCACAUUUCGAGCUGGAUGUGCCUUAAGGGAUAAAUUCUGAUGCUUCACCUCCAGACAAUUGGUUCCUCAAUUUCAGGGCCAAAAUCAGCUGAAACCUUCAUCGCAGGAUUCACGUGUCAAAGAAAGUUGUGACAGUGACAAACUUUCAGGCAAACUCCGAUCUCAGAUGUUGUUUUCUAAAGGUUGCAAUAGAGGAAGCUCGCAUUUUCACACCGACCCUCCAAAACAGUAAAACGGGAGUGACAAUUUAUCAGCCAGUGUGCCAGAAAAAAAACAAAAAAAACAUUCCUCUCUACCGCAAAAACCAACACUGUUACUGACGACGUUAUCGCCAUUCAAUUCUAGUUAGUAUAACUGAUCACCUGCUUGUUGCUUUUAUUUUCACUGACCAUGGAACUUGCGGUGUUCAGGACCAAAUAGACUCGGAGUAAGCAGCGCUGCAUGUGCAUUUUUAAAAAUAUUGAGAACAUGUCAAGGCCCACUGUAUUAGGUGGUCGCAUUUGCCUCAAUUCAUGUCAACAAUUAUACUUGAACUAAAUAUUACUUCUUGUCCUUAAUGAUGAGAAUUGGAUUGUUAUGAGCCAUAACAAAUAUUUUAACAUUAUUUUCCCCCCCAAAAAAAGAGAACAAAAAUCAAAACAUUUAACAUUGAAAUUGAACAUUGUUCCAUGAAAGCACAGGUGUCAAACUCAAGGCCCGGGGGCCAGAUCAUGCCCGCCACAUCAUAUUAUGUUGCCCGCGAAAGCAAAUCAUGUGCUUGAACUGCCAUGAUUCUUGCUAAAAUAUGUAGAAAUUUUUUUUAUUGUCAUAUGGAAUAAAUAUUUGCAACCAUGUUUUUGUUACCAAACCUCUUUUUACAAUAUAGUAACUUAAACAAUAGUUACAAAGUAUUACACUUGAAUUUCGAUUUCCAAACUAUUCAUCUAUCGGUUUGUUGUCUAUCUAAUAAUAUAAGGAGGUGAUUCAAUAUUUAUAUGAUUUCAAAAUCUUAACGGCGCUCUGAGAGAAAGCAUAACUACAAUGUGGCCCGUACCACAAAUGAGUUUGACACCCCUACCCUAAAGGAUUCAAAUCUGAACACACACAACAAUUAUAAACUGUUGUUAGCUGCUAUUCUAAGGAAAAGGUUGGCAUUUUGGUAAAAGCAGUUUUUUUUUUUUUUUUUUUUAGUUACAUAAAAAAAAAAAAAAAUGAAGGUGCAGCCAGCUUCCUGAGAAAACUGUAAAGCAGCCAGUCCGUAGGCUGAAUUAUACACGCUUAACAAAUUCAAUUAAAUGUUGAGGUGUAAAAAAAUAAAAUAAAAAAAAUUUAGAAAUUAACAAUAUGUUUUCAGAUUUGGCACAUUUAGACCAUUUGGGCUGGCAAUAGCUUUGCACUUUCCCCUCUAAAGAUAAGAGCAGUUUCAUAUCAUGAAAUGCUGUUCCAGUUCAAAUGCAGUGGAACUUCCAAAGUCAAACAAUCUGUUGUGAGAUCAUCCAUCCAUCCAUUGUCGCUUGCCUUCAUUGUGUUCGGGGGUGAGCUGGAGCCUACGGUCGACUUGUAAUUAUUUUCUUUCAAUAGAGAGUGAUUAUAAUAAUUGUAUGUUCUAGGGUCAAACUGCUGCCAUCAAAACCUUGAUACGGGGAUUUUGGUGCACGACGCCCCGCAAGUGGCGGAAGCGGGCAUCAUGUUUCUCACGGUCCCUCUCCCACUCCAAUUUGACAUGAAUUGGAAUAUACUAGUAAUAUUGUUUAAUAUCCCCAAAUUGCAUUUGUACAACUAAGGGCUGCUUGUGUACUAUAAAACAUUGAGUUUGCCUUUGGCAGUUCCACUAUGUUUAAUUAUUAUUUUUUUCCGCCUUCAUAUUGCAAUUUCUUGGACAAAGUGAAUCAGUCAAAAAAAUUAAAUAAAUCAUGCCUACAUUUAAAUUUAGAGCACACCACCGUGUGAAUGGUCUCUUGUAAACCCCAUUUAAAAAUUGAGAGCAACUUUAUUUAACUCGGUUGACAAGUCAGUAUGUAUGAUAAUAAGUGUUUGCAUGUAUAGACUUUUUCUUUCUUUAUGCUUUUAUAAUCUUGACUUUUAGCCCAACAACUGGGUGUUUUUUUUCAAGCUACCUUUUUGAAAUGUCACCGGUACUCAUCGGUGUUGAUGUGCGUGUGUGUGCUUGUGCUACCAAUCCAAUCGAACACACCAAAUUCAAAAAGGAAUACUGCCGAGUCACCAAGACAUUCAACAAAAAGUAUUCACGCUUGUGUUGGCGAAAUGUUCUUGAACAAGAUGGAGGUUUUGCUCACAGUCACUGAAGAAGCCUUUUUCAUACUUUUCAUCUGAUUCUCCUUAAAAAAAAAAUAAAAAAAAAUCUCUACAUGAUUUCUGUUGUCGUACGUGCCUGAAUUUGUACGCUUGAUUACCUCUGUGUGUGUGAGACACAGCGCGAGUGAGGAAUAAACACUUCUUUUAUAUGUACUAUACAACUCCAUGUAAAUAGAGGCAUUCAUGGAUUUUUGAUAUUUAAAAAAAAAAAAAAAAAAAAAACUGUACAAAAUGGUGGAGAAAGAUCUAUUUGGGAUAAAUCUUUGAUUGGUAUUUUGCCCCUUGCAAAAUAGUUUUGUAACUACUUCAGGACACGUUAUGUGCAAUUGUUUCUAAUGACACAGAAAGUGCGUAUUUGCUCAGUUCGUUUCGACCGGAUGAUCCACGAGGGACAGUACAAAACGUCUGCACCAACUGCUCCACGGGAAGCACAACGUUGUUCCUCUUUUUGUUCCGCUUCUGUUUCAUCCUCAGACGGUCAAACAGCAUCCCAGAGUUGUACAGAUUGUGAAAAUGUACAUAGGACUCCGAAUCUUGUUCACCCUCACUUUUUUUUGUAUGCAGAUGAAUUACUUGUGUGAAGAAAGUAUUUCAGAUUUGAUGGAAUAUUUAGUAAUAUUGAACAAUGCGAUGGAAACACACACAGUCGAUGUGCAAAUAAGUGCUGAGAAAUAUUAUUCUUCUGUCUCUUUGGAAUAAAAGUGUUGAGUAUGAAUAAAAAUUAAAAAAAAGUGCAAUCUCA